CGCGGCUCCCGUACGGCAAGAUGGCGGCGCGCGCCCGGCCGCCCGGCCGCCCGGCCCCCAGGCCGGGCCUCGGCGUGCCAGGGUUCCCCAGCACCAGGCGGGGCGCAGCCCGAGGCUCCAGGCGUCGAGGGUGGGCGGGGGCGCCCCGGGCCGGUGGCCCCGUACGGCGGCAUGGCGCGCCGGCCGGUCCGUACGGCAAGAUGGCCGCGCCGGCGGCCCGGGCGCACGGCGGGCUGACGCGCCCCCCCACCCCGGGGUCCCGCCGCCCGCCCGCGUCUGCUUCCGCUAGCCCAACGGGUCGCUGCCGAGGUCCCCGGAGCGAACGGUGCAGGCCGCCAGGGAGCCGAGCGCGCGGGCCCAGCCCUCGGCUUUGGGCCCCGCCGUACGCCAAGAUGGCGGACGUGCGCUUCCACCCUCACUUCCGGCCCCGCCCGCUCCCGCUAGGCCCGGAUUGGCCCCGGCAGCGGCCCGUCGCGUCGCGCUGCGGAACCGUCGGAGCGACGCCGCUCUCAGUCGGCGGCCGGAGAGGGAAGAUGGACGCAGCUACUCUGACCUACGACACUCUUCGAUUUGCCGAAUUUGAAGAUUUCCCGGAGACCUCAGAGCCUGUGUGGAUACUGGGUAGAAAAUACAGCAUUUCCACAGAAAAGGAUGAGAUCUUGUCCGACGUGGCGUCCAGACUUUGGUUUACAUACAGGAAAAACUUCCCAGCCAUUGGGGGGACCGGCCCCACCUCGGACACAGGCUGGGGCUGUAUGCUGCGGUGUGGACAGAUGAUCUUUGCCCAGGCCCUGGUGUGCCGGCAUUUAGGCCGAGAUUGGCGGUGGACGCAGCGGAAGAGGCAGCCGGACAGCUACUUCAGCGUGCUCAACGCCUUCAUCGACAGAAAGGACAGUUACUACUCCAUUCACCAGAUAGCACAAAUGGGAGUCGGCGAGGGCAAGUCCAUCGGCCAGUGGUACGGGCCCAACACGGUCGCCCAGGUCCUCAAGAAGCUUGCUGUCUUCGACACGUGGAGCGCCUUGGCAGUCCACGUAGCGAUGGACAACACGGUGGUGAUGGAGGACAUCAGAAGGUUGUGCAGGGGCGGUCUUCCGUGCGCGGGGGCCGCCGCGCUCCCUGCGGAUCCCGGCCGGCACUGUAACGGCUUCCCCGCGGGAGCCGAGGUCAGCAACAGGCUGGCACCGUGGAGACCCCUGGUGCUUCUCAUCCCCCUGCGCCUGGGGCUCACGGACAUCAACGAGGCCUACGUGGAGACUCUGAAGCACUGCUUCAUGAUGCCCCAGUCCCUGGGCGUGAUCGGAGGCAAGCCCAACAGCGCCCAUUACUUCAUCGGCUACGUCGGCGAGGAGCUCAUCUACCUGGAUCCGCACACGACGCAGCCCGCGGUGGAGUUUGCGGACAGCUGCUUCGUCCCGGACGAGAGCUUCCACUGCCAGCACCCUCCGAGCAGGAUGGGCGUCAGGGAGCUCGACCCGUCCAUUGCCGUGGGGUUUUUCUGUCAGACCGAGGAGGACUUUGACGACUGGUGCCAGCGCGUCAGAAAGCUGUCGCUGCUCGGGGGCGCCCUGCCCAUGUUCGAGCUGGUGGAACAGCAGCCUUCCCACCUGGCCUGCCCCGACGUCCUGAACCUGUCCUUAGAUUCUUCUGACGUAGAGCGACUGGAAAGAUUCUUUGACUCAGAAGAUGAAGACUUUGAAAUCCUGUCUCUUUGAAAAUCCCGGAGCUGGGGGACGGUUUCCACUGGCCCUCACUGGGGGCACCUUCGAGAGCCCAGACCCGCCCUGGGGCGCUUGGUGCCGCCGCAUUUCAUCCAUCCAGCCUGCCCGUCCGCUGAGCGCCCGCGCCCCGUGCCGCCUCUGCCCUCACACGGAGCACCCCCCCGUGAGCCCUGCUGCUGCUCGGGCCCAGAGGGUCUGUCUGGGCGACAAGGCGCAAGCCGGGAGCCACCGAGGGAAACCCAGCGCGGCCGGGCUGGGAGCCCCCGAGAGCAGGGCCCCUCACACUCGCGAGAGCUCUCCCUGCCACACUGCCGGCCCCGCGCUGGCGCGUCGCCUCUGCCUUGCUUCCUCCUGGGCGCUCGGUUCUGGGUUUGCUUUGGAAUUAAAAUCCUGUUUGAAGUCACAAGGACGUGAAUUUCUGUCCUGUCCGCUUCAGAAGACCCGCAGGGCAGGCGUGUGCGGCGGGACGCCUGUGGACUCAGCCUCGGCCCCUGCCUGCUCCGCGGCCUCCGCCCCGCCACCGUGCUUUCUCAAGGGCUACCUCGGGGGGAAACCGGGCCGGAAGAGUCAACGGCAAGGCUUCUCCUUGGUUUGGGAGGAAAAGCAGCAGAGUGGUGGGCGUGGUGGAAAUCCAAAGAUGGCACCGUGCAUGUGACUCGCUAGGACAGGGACACGCCUCGGAGCUGCAGGUCACGCCCGAGUGGGGCGUGCCUUCCUCACGUCUCCUCUGUGGGUCCUGGCGUCGAAGACGCGUCCCCCCCCCCCCCCCCCCCCCCCCCC